UUUCAGUGUAAGGUCUUCUGGUGUUACAGUGUUCAAAUAAAAGUGUACAUUUAAUGUAAUAAACACCAGCUUGUGUGAAAUGGUGCCCCCAUGUGGUGCAAUAUUUUGGUGUUGCGCUUCCAAACACCUGUCCAGUGUUAAUUAUACAUACGGGAACUUGAAGUAAUUGAAGCAAUGCAGUCCGCAUUUGGCAAUCUACCCUGUUUGGAAAAAAUGGCGGCUCUUUCGGUGGAAGCGUGCGAUUGAAAGCAAAACACAAAAGUAAGAUCUAGAAUCUUAACUUUUAACAUUUUGUUUUAAUACAACUACAUACAUCUAAUUGAUAUGCAGAGUUUGUUUUAAUAAGUUCUGUUUCAGUGAGACGGAAAGUAAACUAGCUUUUGUGAGUCAGAUUAAUAGCCUGGCAGGCUGUAUAUUGUAAUUUUAGUAAAAUCUAAAAUGUCUAAACAUCAGAACUGCGUUAUGUAUUGUAUACAUGUGGCUUUAUUUUUUUUUUGGUCGGAUUAAUUAAAUUUUAUAGGCAUUUUGGGCGCGAAGAUCUACACCGGUUCAGUGUUUAUUUUACAUACGGGAUAUUUUCAGUCGUUGUGUUGGUCUCAUUUGAAAGAAACGAGAACCGCGCUUGAAGCACAAGUACACAGUUCUGGUAUUUUCUCUAUUCCGUACAAGAUAAAACUACAGGUAAGACUUACGAACCUGAUUAUGUUUGUUUUAAUCAAUUAAAUGACGACCAAUCUAUUUUAGAAAGGAGUUUCAUCGAUAUAGUAAUGUUGUCAAACGUUACUAUAAACGUUACUGUUUAAAAACGUUAAAUAUUUCUAACGUCUUGCAUAUUCUCCUCCCGAAAAAAUACUGUAGAACAUUCAUUUAUUUGAAUAUAUGUGGUGAGUGUGUAAAAGUAUACUUGUUAAAAGGUUAUUAUAGAAGAUACCCAUUUCUGAAGCAGCGCAAUUGAAUGUUAAAACUGUAACGUUAAACAUUCUGCAUUUUUGUAACUUAUUUUGUACAUUUUGUAAUUGUUAGUGAAAACUGACGAUUUCAUAUAUGGCCUUAGGCUGUUUUUUAAUCGAAUAAUUUCAAUUUGUGUAGAAACUUUGGCGCGAAGAUCAACUCUGGGUCAGUGUUAUUUUACAUACGGGCCAUUUCAGUCAAAUUGUUGGCCAUUUGAAACACCGCGCUUGAAGCACACAGUUAUGGUCUUUUCUCAAAUCAGUGCAAGAUAAAGCCACAGGUAAGACUUACAAUCUUGAUUAUGUGUGUUUUGAUAAGUAAAAUGGUUUAUAUUGUUUCAUACUGAAUGUGAACUAAUUUCUGAUACAAAGAUAGCGCUCAUCACUUUUUUUAAUUUAUAUGCCUAGUUUAAUAUAGGAAUGUUUUUUUUUUAAACUUGUGUCUUUUUGUUUUGAAGCAAAACAUCGACAGUAUGCUGUUUAAGGUGCAGUACCAACAUCACAGAAAGUACAUAAAGCUUACUGGAUCGUCUUAUGAUUCUGUAAUCAAGGAUGUCAAGCAGAAGUUUGACAUCUCCACAGAUCGUAAGGUUUAUUUAGCUGAUGAGACUGGAACAGAAGUAGAUGAAGAUGUUUUUGCUGACAUAAUUGAGCAAAAGCCUGACACUCUCUGGAUGGUAGUUGAUGCUGUGGCUGUAGCAGACUCCCCUGCACACACAAGCUAUCCAUCUUCAAAUAAGACCAAUACACCAUCACUUAAUUCAGUUGCAUCAUCGUCAGACACACAGCCAUCAGACAGCGAUGGUCCUUUCUUUCCACCUAAAAGAGCUCGUUGUGAUGACCAUUUGCAAGAAGCUAAGGAGCUUGUGAAAAGUGUUUUAGAAAAAAAGCCUGCUGGGGAGAAGAUAUUUCAGGAAUACGAAACAACUGGGAAAAUCACAGAUUCCACAAGACGGAUUCUUGUGAACGCAUUAGUUGGAGACAUGAUUGAUAAAUAUGGGAGUAUUCCACCUAAGGACAUCAGAGUUAAAUAUGCAGUUGGGAUUGUGACUCUGUUUCCCUCUCUCAAGGAUCCCUAUUCCAGAAAAGGCUAUGAACACUUCUAUGAUGCAGAAGGUAACUCCGGAUAUAUAGCAUGGAGACUGAAGACAGUUCAACGUAACAACCGUUGCAGCAGAACCACUUCUGAUGAUAAAUGUGAGAGGAGGGGUCCUCGAACCGAAAGAGUGUUUUCCACAACAGAAAAGCAGCUAGAAGGAGAUCGCUGUCAAGAAGCCAUUUCAUUUUUGAAACAUUGUUCGGAUCCAGAACAAGUGACUGCAAAGAUGAAAUCUACUUUCCAGUUUCGCCAAAAAAUGAUCCAUGAUCCUGAAAAAUCCUCAUCUGUUCUUUCCUUAUUUCCAAGGUUUCUUGACACAAAAGGACUUGUGCUUCAAGACUUUGAGUUACUAUUUGGAGUGGAGACUGCAUCUAAACUUCUGGAGAAGUGGGACUCUACUCUGAAGCAAAAAGUCAUUCAAGAAGCCAAAAACCUCACCCAGUCACUGCUUUUGAGUUGUCUGAUUCAGUCUGCAGAACACUGCAACACCACUCAAGGAGACUGGGACAGUGAUAUGUCUUCCCUGUUAUUGCUGGUGUAUCUCCUGCCUCCACCUUCUAGUGGAAAUAAGAAGUCUGUCAAGAUCAGUGUGCAAAAUGCUUUGGAUCGCGUAGUAAGAUUUCACAAGUCCUGUUGCAGUUUUGAAGAAGUCCUUGGAUCAACACAGACAACACAGCCCUACAUCUUGGCAGUUGGCACUUCGAAGAGUAGCAUCCAUGACUACUACAUUGCUGUGGAUGAGCGGCUCAUCCCCUGCAUGGCUAAGUCCUCUCUCUCAGCUUUUGAUGAACUUUUUAAAGUUCAUUAUGUGUUUGGCAUUUCAUAUGAUGCCGCUUUGCACAAUAUGUUUACCUUUCUUCAGACCACGAUUUACAACAUUGAUGUAGGCAUUACCCGUGAAAGCCCACGAGUCGGAGAUCUUCGAGCCAAGAUUCUUAAUUAAGUGUUGUUACACCAUCAUCUUUAAAACAU